GUUUCGGAGCAGCGCUGAGGCAUCAUCCGUGUACGCCGUGUGUGGGACGGAUCUGUGGGAGCCAGCCGCAGCGCGUGCUUUGUUUUGGGGACCUCUACUAUUUGUUGCUCACCACCAGCUGAAAGGGGAAUAUCUCACCAUUCCACCACCAGCCAUCUCUCUCUGCUUUUCUCUGCUCUGGAUUUUGACUGCACUGCUGGGGGAUUUAUAUUUCUAUUGAUUUCUAUCUGCGCUGCGGACACCGCCACUUUAUCUCUCUGAGGGAUGUAUAACAGCGGGGUGAAUCCUGCUCUGCUCUGAACACGGGAGAAUAUUAACGCACUGUCUGCUGAAUGAACUGCUGCCGUGCGCCCUUGCUUUUUGGAGCAGGAGAUGCUCUGGCGCGUCUGAUCGGGGCUUGUGGUCCGUGCGUAUCCCCUCUGGAUCGGGAUAUAAGGUGAAGCAGUCGCCGCGGAGAGCUUGUCCUUUCUUUUUGUGGACAUAUUUCUUUUUUUAUUUUUAUUUGGAGAAGGAUUGAGUCGGAGGCGCGCAGGCUGCACCAUGGGGGACUCGAUGUGGAGAUAUUAUUUUGGAGUUUUGUUUAUUGCCUUCAAAGUGGACCUGUGCCGAGCGCUCAUCCUGGAGUCCAUCUACUGGAACACAACAAAUACCAAAUUUGUGCCAGGCCAAGGCGUGGUUUUGUACCCCCAAAUCGGGGAUAAGUUGGACAUUGUGUGCCCCCGCGUGGAUGGCGGGGUGGGCGAUGGUGUGGAGUAUUACAAGGUGUACAUGGUGCCCAGGGAGCAGCUGGAGAGCUGCACCAUCACCAAGGCCGACACGCCGCUCCUCAACUGUGUCAAACCCGACCAGGACGUCAAGUUCACCCUCAAGUUUCAGGAGUUCAGCCCCAAUCUGUGGGGUCUGGAGUUCUUCAGAGGGAAGGACUACUACAUCAUCUCUACAUCUAACGGCACCAUGGAGGGCAUCGACAACCAGGAGGGGGGCGUGUGCAAGACCAAGUCCAUGAAGAUAAUCAUGAAAGUGGGACAAAAUCCCUCUGAUCCUAUUUCACCCAAAGACAACCCCACCAGAGUCCCCUUCUCUCCCAAGAACCCAGACAACAAGGACACCUUCAAUCCUAACGAAGUGCUGCAGAAGCCAGGUGUAUCACCCAGAGAAAGCAACGACAAUGACAACGGGGGAAAGUCCUCCAGUGUCAUUGGCUCUGAGGUGGCUAUCUUCGUGGGCAUCGCCUCGGGCAGCGUCAUCUUCAUCAUCAUCAUCAUCAUGCUGGUCCUGCUGCUGCUGAAAUACCGGCGGCGGCACCGCAAGCACUCACCUCAGCACGCGGCCACGCUGUCUCUAAGCACCCUGGCCACGCCCAAACGGAGCGGAGGUGGGAACAAUAACGGCUCGGAGCCCAGCGACAUCAUCAUCCCGCUCAGGACUGCUGACAGCGUCUUCUGCCCGCACUACGAGAAGGUCAGCGGCGACUACGGACACCCGGUCUACAUAGUUCAGGAGAUGCCGCCUCAGAGUCCGGCGAACAUCUACUACAAAGUCUGACGUGGAACUUUUACCGGAACAAUCCUCGGGCAGAGCGGGUUUUUGAUUUGGCCAGGCACAGCCGGCACGCCCGCAAACUCUUGCUCUUUCUCUCUCUCACUCUGUCGACUCCUCCUCCUCCUCUCCUCUGAUGUUUUGUCACUAGUUUUUCUUUUCGCUGAUACUUUGUGGCUCUGGUUCGGAUUAAAACGGUGGAGGGCAGAGAAUGGCUGACGCUGCCGCUGCUGCCGGAGCUCUCGGGGAAAUAAAGAAGACGAACUCUUCUUCCCCUUAAAGUUGCUCCUUGUUUUGUUUUGUGCACUGCAGCCAGCAAGGAUUGUGGGAUUGGAAAGUUGUGCUUUUGCUAUUUUCAAAUGAGACGGACAGAUGGAUGUACGGACGUGAAGGUUUCCUGGCACGAGAGGAGGGGAAGAAAAAGAGACUACUGCUUGGAAAAAGAGAGCUAAAGAGACAAAAAAGAGUGAGGAGGACAGAAAAAGGAGAGUAUCGGCUGACCAUGAACUCUCAAAAUGGCUGCCCACUGUUGAGAGACUCUGUGGAUUUAGCAGGCGGAGGAGGAAAAAGGAGAGAGAUCCUUGCAGCGAUCCUCUCUGGGACUUUCCUGACUGACUCACGGAGAUCACCCAUUCACCCUGCCACCCACAUGCCCACCAUCACAUAUACACACCAUCACCCACACACACAGACACGCUGUCUCAAUGUGAACUGUUUGGGUUUCAAUGUGGAUCGCGCCAUUUCUUCCUCAUCCAUUCAGAUUUUACUUGAAGGCUUUCUUUGUAUCUUGUUUCAUAUCCUGUUGUCGUUCAAACGCAGGUUUUCUUUCCUUUAGUGACAUGUUGCAUCAUGUUAAGUGACCCCGCAGUGGCUAGGGAGUGGUGAAAGAAGACAGAGUGAGGAUUUUUUUCUAUUUGUGCCCUUGUUUAGGGACUCUAGUGCACGUCACGUCUGCCCAGGUGGCUCCUGGGAAGAGUGGAGGACUUUCAUAAACAUAGAGCAGCACUUUUAACCCCCUGGUACCUCCACUCUUUGCAGAGAGAGAGAGAAAGACGCAGUGAUAGCUAGAGAUGGGAGAGCAGCUGAAUCCUGUCAGAGUGAGCAGCAGCGACGGCUCGCCUCUUCAGAGCUUCUCACUCAGACGAGUUUUAGGGGCAAUAAGAAAUCCACUUCGCCUUACUGCCACGGCAAGAGAAGAAGAAGGGCCUGAGAUCGAGUAGAGGUUAGCAUAGCUGGCUCAAACAGCUCUAGGUACUGUAAUGUUUACCCUGAGGGGUUCAAUGAUGAUUAAGGGUGCCCUGAGGGCCCAAAGUCUGCAUGAUCGGUGCUCUCCUAUUCCAGCAUGCCCUUACUCUUAACUGGUAGAAUACAUCGGCUUAGAAACUGGCUUAAAGCUUCAAGAUCUGAUGCUAUACAUUCUUCUCUAGCUUCAAUUUUGCAUGUGCAACGCUCUGAGUUCAAGUCAGGAAAGGUAACUAUGCAACAUCAAGUUAUGCAUUUAAAAAUGAUCAAACCCUCAAACAUAAAUUGACAUCUUUUAUGCACCGCUAUUCAACCAAAUUUGAGUAUUUUCAAAACGUUUACAAGGGCUGCUCGGUCAUGGCAGCAAUCAUUAUCACUUUUCAUUUACAAAAAUCACGCAAACACAAGGAAAGGAUGACACUUGAAUGCUUGCAUGAGGUGUGGAGUUUAACAUCUUUGCUGCAAAAAAAAAUGUAUUAAACCUGUAUUCUGACACUCAUUUCACAUUAAAGAAAUAUUGCACUUUCUGCCAUUUGAAAACUGCAAUCAGACAUAUUGCAAUUUAAUCUAAAUUCAGAUAAAUUGUUUAGCCUUAUCACUAAACUUUAUUGAUUGUUUGACAUCUGCAUCAGUGGUUCUUGACUGGUCGGGAAUCAGGACCCACCACCACCUCCUAAAGGGACAUCAUGAAUAUGAUUAUUUAAGAUUUAUUUAAUGAAAAAUGUUGCCAUUUUUUGACUGUAGUCGGAAUAAAACAUGAAUGAACGAAGCUAAUUGUUUACAAAGCCCAUCAUUACAGCAGAAUGUCCUACCAUAGGUUUCAUCUUUGGCUAUUUUCCUGAGAUAGCAUGGAAAUUUUGCUAGGAAUUACCUUGUUUCCUUAAGGAAAACCAAGUAAAGGAGCUAAAAAAACUUGAGUGAAAGACCAAGAUUUACUUGUUUUUGCAGGAAAACGACCUUUUGAUUUGAUAAAAUACAAUAGUUGCCUUGAAUGGUAGCCAUAUCCUUUUUACAAAUUUUGCAAGUUAUUUUGCAGUAUUCAAAGUCUGUUUUCUCAAAAUCACUCCCUCUGCUCCUUCCUUAAAUUAAAGUGAGAGCUUUUUUAGUGAGAGGGGCAGAGAAGAGCUGUACUGUAGAAGAAGAAAGAUUGAGCCCUGUUUACCACAUUUGACAAAACCCAUGUACAAAUAAGAAAUCAAAUGAAAUUAAAAGUUAACUUAUCAGGCACCAAUGUUUUGCAAAUAAAUGUUACAUGUCCCAAACUCUUUAUGUGAAAUCAAACAUGACGUUGCACAUUUAUAUAUCUAACUUGACCACAGAGCUAUGCACAUGUAGAGAAAGUCUCUGAGGAGUACCAAGGACUCUUAUUUUGAAGUUUUAGGUCUCUGACUGAGCUGAUGUAUUCACAGGGCUUGGAGUGAGACCGUGUUGAUGAUUUUUGAUUUUAUAAAAAGCACAGGGACAUCUACUUACAUUGUCACUGUUUCCCAUUCUCCAUUAGCAUUUCCAUAUUGUGAUUUUUGAUUUAUUCUUUUUUUACUUAAUAGAUGUACAUUUAAAAAAGGAUGUUACAAAGAUGAAAAAAUAAAAAUAAAAAGCAGAAUUUAUUUAUGAUAGACACAUAGAGCACAGGCGUUGUCGGCAGGAUGGAGAAGAAAAAGAAGAAGUAAUGUUAAUAUAUUAUGGUAUAAGUGCACAUUAUGCAAUCUAGGUUUUUGAUUAUUUGAUAUCUCUCGACCCGCUGAGUCCUGUAUUUUCACGAGCUCUCGCCCACAGACUCUGGGCUCGACUAGGGCGGCCUGGGCCCCGGCCCUUGGGGCGCGGGGUGGUGGGACCCCGACUAGCUCACAUUGGUGUAUAAAAGGGCAGAGUAGCUGUGUCUACCACACUCACUCAGUGUAGCAUCUCCCAAAGGAUAACUCCAUGAACACCCAGUGCCCCAAAUCUCCUCAUUCACACCCUUCAUGUUCUCUGUGCAUGUGUGUACGUGUGUGAGUGUUGAGAAAGUUUCAGUGACUCAUUAAAAUCAUCAGCUUAGGAUCAUAAGCUGCUCCCCGAGCAUGUUUUCAGCCCAUCGUCAUUUGUUUUUAAACAACAUCAAAUUUCACCGAAAAGCCAAGCCUUGUAUGAUCUGAGGUUUGUGCCUCCAAGAGGCUACAAAAUCUGCAAAUAUGCAAUUCUUAUUUAUUUUUUUAAUCAAUUCUGAGAAAAAAAAACACCUAUGGAAAGUGUUCUUAACCACUGAAAGAUGUAACGACAAACAAACGACACAAAAGUACGUCACACAAGCCUGCUGUUCAGUUUGAGUUCCUACAUUGUUUCGAGUAUUAUUUGAUCCUUUUUCUGUUAGAACGAUGUGCCGUAGUACAAAGGUAAACUGUGAAAAAUGAAACCAUUAAAGCAUCUAUAUCACACCUGGACAGGUAUUCAAGAAAAGACGAAACACAAAGAAGUGGCUGUUUAGUUGCUGUCUGUCUGCGGCAGAAUAUGACAAUCUUAUUAGUUUCUUUUAAUCUGACGUCCUUUUCUUAGCUGCCGCUCGACUAACGCUCUCCCAACAUUGACCCGGAUCGCUUCUUUGUUUGAAAUGUGGCGGCGAUGCUGCGAGAGUCUUAGCACAGGAGCUCAGAGAAGCACCUCAGGCUACUGUAAAAUGCCUUGCUCGUAUGGUCAGCCCUUGGUCACUUGACUCAGUAAUUUUGCACCGUACUUCUGUAGGUAAAAAACUGUAAAUACAUUAAUGUUUGUAUUGUAUAUGGAUCCUGGGUUGUUACAAUAGCCUUAUUCACCUUUUUAGGAAAGUAAAUGGAGAAAAAGUUCAGAAAAAAUGGAUUACACUUCAGUAAAAAGAGAGCAUACUACUUUUUUGGUAAAUAGCUUAUGUAAAUAUUGACCAGAACCCAAUAAAACAUUUUUUAUAAACUCUUAAAGUAAGAUGUUUUGUAUAAAAUUUGAAUUUUUUGCUAUGUAUUUUAGCUAGCGCUCGAUGGAAAGUCCGUGUCCUCCCCACUCCCUCCCCUUUUGCACUGUUUCAUGGUAAUUUGGUUUAAAAAAUGAGAGAAAAGUUGCCAAACCGACUGCUGCAUAUUUGUGCCAUAAGUGUGUACCAUAAAUAUUUAUUGAAUUAGUUUCUUUUUUUUCUUUUUUGUUCUGUUUCUGAUUUGAUUUCAGUCCAGUUUUGAGUAACACAGUAUUAUCUUUGCAUCGUUUGUUCGUCUCCCCUGGUUUUUCUUUAGUCAUGUCAUGGUUACUGGGUGGCUGUUGCCCUUUUGUCCCCCCUCCCUUCCUCGCAGUAUGAGAUGGCCAGGCUGUGAAAAAUGGUUUCAAAAAUUAAAACAAGUCAAAGUGAGGAUAAAUGACACACAUUCCACCAGUCUGUUACAAACUGAAAAUGUUUUUCAAUAAAAUGUUUUUCCUAUG